AAAGCUCGCAGUUUAGCAUCAACACACACAGGUUGUUCACCUGAAGACCGAGAGGAUGGACGCAGCAUACAAGAAAGUCAACGGAAGUUUCAGGCCAGAGGCAGACAGAGACGACCAAGGCACAGGGAUGAAGAGAAGGGGAUCCAUGUACCUGGAGGAGGAGACCAACAAGAAGUCAGAAGUUAUCUCCUGUAUCUUCUCCCUGAAAGAGGAGGUCGGAGCUUUAGCCAAGGGCCUGCGGCUCUUUGAGGAUAAGGGAAUCAACCUGACGCACAUCGAAUCCCGUCCGUCGCAGAUUAAUAAAGACCAUUAUGAGUUCUUCAUCAGUGUGGACUCCACCUGCUCACAGGCCCUGGACGAGGUCAUUGACGCCCUGCGUACACAAAUCAGUGGACAUGUGCAUGAGCUAUCACGAAGCAAAGAGAAUGACACAGUGCCAUGGUUCCCUAAUGACAUCCAGGACUUGGACCGCUUUGCCAACCAGAUCCUCAGUUAUGGCUCCGAGCUGGAUUCUGAUCAUCCGGGCUUCACAGAUCCAGUGUACAGAGCCCGCAGGAAGGAGUUUGCUGAUAUCGCCUACAACUAUAGACAUGGCCAAGCCAUCCCUCGAGUUGAGUACACAGAGGAGGAAAGGGCCACAUGGGGCAAGGUGUUCAAGGAGCUGAAGACUCUGUACCCGACUCACGCCUGCCGCGAACACAACCGGGUCUUCCCACUGCUGGAAAAAUACUGUGGCUACAGGCAGGACAACAUCCCACAGCUGGAAGACGUCUCCCGCUUCCUGCAGUCAUGCACAGGCUUCCGGCUUCGCCCGGUCGCCGGCCUGCUCUCAUCCCGGGACUUCCUGGCUGGACUCGCCUUCCGAGUCUUUCAUUCCACGCAGUACAUUCGCCACAGCUCCAAGCCCACGUACACACCUGAGCCGGAUAUCUGCCAUGAGCUUCUGGGACACGUUCCUCUGUUUGCUGACCCUAGCUUUGCCCAAUUCUCACAGGAAAUUGGUCUUGCCUCCCUUGGCGCCCCUGAUGAGUACAUUGAGAAGCUUGCUACUGUGUACUGGUUCACUGUGGAGUUUGGCCUGUGCAAGCAGGGCUCAGAGAUCAAAGCUUUCGGAGCUGGCUUGCUUUCAUCAUUUGGAGAGCUGCAGUACUGCUUGACAGACGAGCCCAAAAUCCUGCCCUUCGACCCCGACAAGACCAGCCUCCAGAAAUACCCAAUCACAGAGUACCAGCCUGUUUACUAUGUGGCUGAGAGCUUUGAGGAUGCGAAAGACAAAGUGAGGACAUUUGCAGGCACAAUCCCCAGGCCUUUUACAGUGCGCUACAAUCCUUACACCCAAAGUAUUGAAGUGCUGGACAGUACCCAGCAGCUCAGGAACCUGGCUGACAGCAUCAGCAGUGAAAUGGGGAAACUGUGCGAAGCCCUGCGGAAACUAAAGUAACGGCACACGUAAUCUGAGCUGAAGCGCCCUGAGAUUCUCUUCAUUUAUUCAAUGAAACAGUUAACUUGCCAUUCUGCUUGGCAUGCUGGCAAAUUGUAUUAAAACAAAUAUGCAAUACUGUAAUCCAAUUAGUAUUUUAGUUAAGUGAAUAAAGUGUAGCCUGUUAUAUGUAGGAUUAUAAGGAAUGUGUCUGUAACAGAAAAAUAUAUAUUAUUACAGUAUAAAUGUUAUUAAGAGACAUGUUUUUCAAAAUAAGAGGGUUUUGUCAAUCAACAUCUUUUUAGUGACUUUGAUCAAUUUUAAAACCCAAUAUGUAAACAUCAAAUGAUGCAAAAUAGCUGAAAUAAUCAGAUUUUUUCCCUAUGCAU